AUGGUACUGCAAGGCAGGCUACUUUCGUCUCUCGCGCGACCCUGCCGUUUCGUCGCCCAUCGCCGCUAUCCCCCGACUAUCGCCUCCUCUGCCCGUCGCUUCCAUCUCUCGCGGCAAUGGCUGGCGGCGGCGCCAUCGGACCCCAGCGACUCUCGAGACUCGGCUCCGGAAAGUGUUGCGCACGAUUUACCAACCGUAAGCUCUGAUCACAACUCCUCGGAGAAUAUUCCCUUAUCGAGUCCUACACCGUCGGUGGAGCGCCCUGUGAAGAAAGAGUCGGGCCCGUAUGGCUCCGGGGUGCGCCGGGCUUUGAGAAAUAGAAAGCAAGGGAAGGAAUGGGCAGCCCCCAUAGCCAAGGUGCCGCAAUGGUUUCGUGAACGGAAUGUCGUCUUGCAUGCCGACGGCGGCGAGGCUGUCGUGGAGGCCCAGCACCAAGUCACGAUACGCCGGUCAGCCGAAACAGCAACGGAAACGGGAACACAGGAGAGCACUGCUCAGGCUCAAGGUGGUGAAGGAGGUGAGCCGUCUCCCUCCGAGGGUCAACCCGGCGCAGACCAUCGCUAUGCGCUCCCCGAGGCGCUCUGGGAGGAACUAUGCGCGUCUGCCAAAGCAGGCCUACGUCUUCCACCGGCCAAGUACGCGAAAGAACCGUCGGCACGGAAAUCGCAUUUGGUUCUCCAAUACCCCGGGGCGGAUGGUGUCUUGUUUCUCGAUGCAGUGGUGAAGAGAUUGGCUCAGGAAGUAGGCGCAGACCUGGUGACUCUGAAUGCCCAAGAUAUUGCUCAGCUCUGUAGCGAGCAAGAUCUGGCGGAUGGUGGGGCGACAUCGCCCAUCCGGUCGCUCGGCUACGAGGUGUACCGGCCCUCGAUCUCCGAAUCAUGGCAAGACAUGGGAGACGGGUUGAACGAGAGCGACGCCGACGAUGCCGACAUGAUCGACCCGGGGUCGCCAAAGAAUUCCCGACCUGGUUUGAAGGGAGCGAAAUUCAUCACCAUUGAGAGCUCCAGAGAUGGGGCAGAUAUUCCAUUGCCCAGUCUUCUGGGUCUCAAGUCAUUAAUCACAUCCUUUAACGGGCCUUUGGAUGGUGCCGCUUCACCACAGAGCAGCAUGGAUCGCGUCGAGGACAGACGGCUUCGACUUGUCAACGAGCUCAUCAACUCGCCGCGCAAGCAGUCCCCGCCAGCAGCCGAAGGAGCAACGGCGACGGAACGUCAGCCUGAGAUCUCACGGGAUGUCAUUCUCCAGGUCCAGGACUACGGCGAAUUACAAGCGACUCGGGAAGGCGCUAAAUUCGUGGCUUUAUUACAAAAGGCGAUCAUGGAUCGUAGGAAAAGUGGCAGUCGAGUUCUGUUCAUUGGCACCUCGGCGCAGGAAGUCAGCCCCGACUCGGAUACGUCUAGGCUCAUGCAAAACGCCUUUGACGACCAUUUCUCACAGAUGCUGGUCAUCACGCCGGGAAUGGACUCGGGGACAGCGGAGAAGACUCUAGCCGAAGAUCGAAAGAAGCGCACCCUGGACAUCAAUAUCCGUCACAUACAAGAUAUGCUUCGGACGCGUCUUAGCGAGAGCCCUUCGGCUAUCAAGGACGACAUUUUCGGCAGUCGUACUUGGCCUCUGCCUCCAGCUGUGGUGAAAGACUCUGGCUUGGACGAGCGGUACUGGCCGUACAGCCAGAUUCACUGGGCAACCACUCUCGCACUGGGCUGCAUUGAUCCAAGCGAGCCGUUCGGAUUCGAACACAUCCAGCGUGGUAUCGAGAUGAUGUACAAGAACGACCGACUCAAGAAUGACUGGCUCCAGGAGAGGACGCCCAAAUCGGCAACAUCAGAGACUGGAACCGACCGGGAGCGGCUGUUGAACUCUCUGCGCAAAACCUGCAACUCCCACGAGAAGAAGCUCUUGAAUGGAGUUGUCGAUGCUAAGAACCUCCGGACCACCUUCGCCGAUGUUCACGUCCCACCGGAGACCAUUGAUGCCCUCAAGACACUUACGUCGCUUUCGCUUAUCCGGCCGGAAGCCUUCACCUACGGUGUUCUGGCCACCGAUAAAAUUCCGGGAUUGCUACUCUACGGGCCGCCUGGUACCGGUAAAACGCUGCUGGCAAAGGCCGUUGCUCGGGAAAGUGGUGCCACGGUGCUGGAGGUCAGUGGCUCCGAAGUGUACGAUAUGUAUGUUGGAGAGGGCGAGAAGAACGUCAAGGCGAUCUUCACGCUGGCCAAGAAGCUGAGCCCGUGUGUGGUCUUCAUCGACGAGGCCGAUGCGAUCUUCUGCUCCCGGACCGGUGCCAGCAGCCGCACUUCGCACCGCGAGCUCAUCAACCAGUUCCUUCGCGAAUGGGACGGGAUGAACGACAUGUCUGCCUUCAUUAUGGUGGCCACGAACCGGCCCUUCGACCUGGAUGACGCGGUCCUUCGACGGCUGCCCAGACGACUACUUGUCGACCUCCCGACCGAGCAAGAUCGGCUGGCCAUUCUGAAGAUCCAUCUCAAAGAGGAGACCCUCGACAGCUCGGUCGACCUCGCCGAAAUGGCUCACCGUACUCCGCUCUACUCGGGCUCCGAUUUGAAGAACCUCUGCGUUGCGGCGGCGCUGGCCUGUGUCCGUGAAGAGAACGACUUGGCGGCGAAGCACCAAGGCGACGAGCCGUACCAAUAUCCCGCGCGGCGCACAUUGACCCGGGCGCACUUCGAGCGAGGCAUGGAGGAAAUCAGCGCCUCGAUUAGCGAAGACAUGUCGUCCCUGUCUGCGAUCCGCAAGUUCGACGAGCAAUACGGAGACCGCAAGGGCCGUCGCAAGAAGAACUCGGGAUGGGGCUUCACGCCUGGCGGUAUGGAGAAGGUGGAAACCGACGCAGCGCGUGUCCGGACAUGA